GGCCACAGGCGCGCUUGGGAGGAAAGAGAAGAAGAGUUUCUCCCGGGCGCGAGAAAAAGGAAGGGGUAUUUAUACCUGUGGGAAUUGGCCCGGUCACGCCUGCGACUAGCGGGGGUGCAAUGAACGAUGAGUGAAUAAUGACAGAGAUUGGGGGGGGAAGUCAGCGGAAGAAACCAGGGAAAACACGGAGGGGUGACUCAGUAACACUCAGAGAGGUGAAGCUGUUAAUGCGACGGGCGAAUGGCGGCGGGCGAGCAACACGGCAGGUGUGGCCGUUGACCUUAGGAAGGUGCAAUGGGCAACGGUCCAGAAUUGGAAGGAGUCAUCGGAUGCUUCGAAGGGCUGUCGACUCCGUAUAUGACUACGACCCCUCUGAGUCAAGGCUGGGAGUAUGUACAGGAGUCAUAGACUGCGAGGCCAUGUCAUAUCAUCUCACCCUAUUGACUCACUUCCAGACACAGCUACCAACGACGCCUGUCAUCGAGUGCGUUCUUGACUCACCAAAGGCGAGCUGGCCUGCCUUACGUACUGGGCAGGUCAUUAUAGGGUCAUGUAUGGUCUGGGUUAGACUAGAUACCUUACACAGGCAAUGUAGCUCCUCCAAGCACGACCGUAUGGCUGUUAGAAGUAUCCAUAUCCGUAACAGAGUAAGUCGCUAUAGUUCCUGUUGAUACGGUUCCAUGGUACACCACCCGACGCCCAGACUUUGUUCCAGGCACGAAGUAUACAGCAACCCAGCUAGGCAGAUAGUAUUACGCAG